CUGGCCGGAGAUUUCACAGAUUCCGAUGAAGUCUCAAAUGGGUCUGAGAAAACCGUCAAACAAACUUCCCACUGCAGAUCGUGGAGCCAAUGGGGUUGAGAAUUUAUCCAAGAAACACAACGAACAGUUCGAUCACUGGGCGUUUCUGGAUCAAAUUGAGGCCCCUGUGUGGGUGGACCUUACCUUGGAAUGUAAGUCUGCCUAUAAAGACAUGGACGAUGAAUGGUUCCACAUAAGCCAUCCGUUUCACCAGGCUUCUUCUCGAGAGUUGAAGUCUGCAUUUUCUCGCUCAGGAGAGAGUUCCAUAAACCUGGAGCAUGGCAUGCAGGGAUCAUCUUCUCCUAAGCUCCCACCUUCAGUUUCAAGAUCAAGAGGCAAAGAUUUCCGAAGCAGGCAGUGGAGUCAAGGAGAUCAGACACUUACUUUGGAUAAGAAACAUCCAGUAAAGCACUUAAGUAAAGGGGGUUUAGAAGCUGAUAAAGUAGUAGAGCAUAAGACAAAUCAUAAAAAAUUAACAAGCUCUGCAGCUUUAGACUCAGAUUCUGCUUGUCAAGCUCUGAAUUCCAGGGAUAUAAAGAUUAGCUCGAAUUCUUUGGCUGUCUAUAGUGACAAAACCCGCUCAAUAAACAGCAGCAUUACAUCAGAGCAUGGUGAAGAGUGUUACAAGCAAGAGUUGUGUGUUAGCGAUUCUUCAAGCACCAUUACAUCUGAAGCUUGUGGACAGAAGUCCUUUGAAGUGUCUGGUCCAGUACUUGGUCAAACUACUGGGCUAUUGUCAUCUCUAAGAGUAAGUCUGAGGAAAAGUUGUGUUACAAGACAAGCAUCAAGGAUGGAGGUAAAUGUUUGUAGGCAAUCAGAAGGUCGGAAAUCUUCCUCAAGUAAAUCGAGUGUAGGAUCUUCUUCAAUUCCCUACAAAGAAAGGGAAUGCGAAACUGAGAGAGAAAGUAAAGAGAAAACUCCAGAUAGCAGAAAUGUAACUACAAUUGUAGAAGCGAAACAGGCUAAUAAGUCCAAGGUUCCUGUUCAAGCUCAUAACAGAACUUCUAUCCCUAAAAUGGUUAGUGGAAGAUCUGUUUCUUCGUCUUUUGCCAGUGAAACUAGUAGACCAAAGGUUCAUCCGACUAAUGUACAAAGAAAAGCAUUGGUUCCUCAAAGAGCCAAUGGACGUGUAGCCUCAAUUUUGGUCUCAAAGCCUAGUGAAAGAAUUGGAAGUAGCCAUUGUAGAAGGGUUGUGAGCAGUGGUAAGGAGAAUGCUGUUGAAAGAAUGGGUAUGAGCCAGAAGUCAGUUGCCAAAGACAACCAGGGGUGUAGUACAAAAUUCUCAAGUUACAAAAAUGAGAAUAAAAGAAGCUGCCAGAGCACAAAGUCGAGUGGUUUUAUGGUGAAUCUAGAUAAUAGAAAGGAAGUCACGAAUCGUGCAAAUGUAAAGAAGAAGGCUUUCUACUGAUAAAAGAUUGAACCUGUAUGUAAAUAGUACACACUCUACCUCUUCCAUUCUCUGCUAACUGUGCAAUGAAAAUGGGUAAAUGACAUGUAUCAGAUUGAUUUUGUGAUGUUCAUCUUAUUGCUAUGCUGCAACUUUACUAUCUGGUAUGUUGCAAUA